AUGGGUGGAAGUGCAUUCGGCUCAGUCUUUCAACCAACGGCCUUCCCUCGCAUCCCACCACUAAUCUAUCAUGCGCUCAAGGUUUUAUUCUUGUCCGGACUCCAAGAAUUUUAUGAAUGGGUAGGCGUUCCUACCGAAGCCCCAGAGAAACUCGACCACGGUGACCUCGACUUCCUUGCUGCCAUUCCCAAAGCUCCAUUCGCCGACUCAUCUGUACCACACGAACGCGUCCGGGACGCGAUUGGUGCAACAUACAUGAACCCGAUGGAGGGCAAUCGAACGUCGAACUAUGCUGUGCCCAUCAAGCCAGGUGCAUGGACCGAGUUUGGAUUCGCUGGGCUCGAGCAUCAAUGCCGCAAAGACGCUGAGAAUGGGGAGAUUUAUUACCAGGUCGAUGUUCAUGUUUGUUAUGACAAGGAAGAAUGGGACCGCACCAUGUUCUUCCAUUCAUACGGUGAUAUGGGUAUGAUCCUGGGCCUCAUCAGCAGAAAUGCGGGAUUGGCAUUGGGCGUCAAAGGACUCAAGAUUCCCGAUCCUCCAAAUCCACCAUUCGAUCUCAGCGAGAGUUUCGACGAGAUUACCGAAUUUCUUGAACUCUCAAUGCAACGCUACGAUGAGGGAUUCCAAACAAAGCGCGACGUCUUCGAGUGGGCUGCGUCUAUGCGGUUUUUCGAUCCUAGUCAAUUCAGAUCACAAGGGCCCGGUAUCAGCAAAGUCAAACCUGAGCGCAAAAUGUAUGCGGAGUUCGUCGAAUGGGUUGAAUCAAUGAGGCAAAACCCCUCUCAAGACCAGAUUGAUCGCCUAUCUCGCCAAGACCGACGUGCUCCGACGCGCGAUGUGGCGCUCGCUUUCUUUGGAAAGAAGGACGAGUUUGAGGCACUUGCCAAGGCGCGAAGCGAUCGCCUUAGGCUUAAGGAAAGCUUCUCUGGGUCUGUUGUCCACGACUGGGCGGAGAUGGGAGGGUAUUGGAAGGGAGUCAAGCUCAUCAUGGAUGAAGUCAGAGCCCGGCUGGGCGGGGAAGAAGGCAUCCUCAAGCUUUUGGAGAAAAACGGCGAAGACGACUUAAAGAAGGUCGUCCUUCAGGUCAGAUCUGAUCUCGGCAUCAUCCUCUCUACGAAAGCUCCGCAAGCCGAAGAGCAACUCACCGUUCUCAUGACCAGCUCUUCGACCUCUGAGACCCUUGUAGAAGAGAUUGCGGUUGACGUGAAGGAACCUCCGAUGUCCUCUACAAAGACUGGAUGA